AUGUACGUUCACUUGGAUAGUAAAACAAAGUCAAAAGAUGUCAAGAAUUAUCUUAACCUUGACCCCCAUGUCUAUUUUGGGGGAGGACAAAAUUUUGUCAAAACCAAAGGUUUGAAAGUUACACAAAACUUCAUUGGCUGUUUACAGAACAUCUACUUCAAUGAUGUGUCAGUUCUCUAUGAUUUAAAACAUGGAAAUGGCUCAACACAAUACCAUGGUGGACCUAACGUGCAGUACGGCUGUGAACCAAUUCAGAAUACGCCACUGUCCUUUCCACGUAUUGGAACUCUGCUUUCUCUUAACCUUACAGACAAAUACAACCUUGAAUUACAAAUGCAGUUUAGAACCAUCCAAGAAACUGCCAUCCUUUUAUAUAUUGGCCUGACCACUUUCGAUAGUCAGACAGGCACUGAUUCUGGGAUUCUAGAGGUUUGGUUAUUAGAUGGAUAUCCCAACCUCAAGUUUGUUCCAUUCAGCAAGAGGCAGAAUAUAACGCAGUCAAUCCCAAUCACAACUCAUGUGAAUGAUAACCUGUGGCAUACACUGCAUCUGACAUUUAAAGACCAACUUCCCACAUUGACUGUCGAUGGUGUCACUGUUAAGGCCAAACCUUAUGGACACAAUAAACCAAAAUUACGUAAAAAACUAUAUGUGGGCUACGAUUUUUCAGCAAGCAGUGGUUUUGUUGGCUGUAUCCGCAAUGUAUAUCUGCAGGGUGAACCCGUUGACUUGAUAUCUAUUGUCCAUUCAGAAGCUUCUAAUGGGCCAAUUUUAGAUGGUUGUCAUUUAGUAGACUUUUGCAAGAACAGUACAAUGUGUGAGCACAACAGCAAAUGUGUAUCUGAUUGGUCAAGCAUGCAUUGUGACUGUUCAGAUGCGUAUGAAGGCAGUGCUUGUCAUUUUGCCAAAUACCGUCGUGAUUGUAAUGAUUACUACCUUGCUGGUGAGCGUCAGUCAGGUGUUUAUCGUGCUGAUUUGGAUGGCAAUGGUCCUCUCCCUCCUACGUAUGUUAACUGUGAAAUGAGUUAUGUUGGUGGCUUUGGAGAGGGAGAAAUAUAUGGGCAAACUAUUGUCACACACAACUUGAUACCAAAUACAACCGUCCAAUCUAAAAACUUCCCUGAUCUCCGAGUUAUUAUUGAAUACCGAGAGAUGAGCAAAGAACAUCUGCAAUUAUUGACAUCCCAGUCUGCCUUUUGUGAACAGUUGAUUGAAUACCAAUGUCUCAAAAUUCCUAUACGGCUUGGUAAAAAACUUUGGUUUAAAGCAGCCAAUGAAAGAAUCGUUAAAUCAAUUGGCAAUCCAAAUAUUGGUACCUGUCCUUGUUCUUCGACUGAUUCCUGUUAUAAUAAAUAUAAAUGCAAUUGUGAUGCACAGACUGGAUUUUGGCAGAUGGAUUUUGGUUACAACACGGACACAGACCAAUUACCAGUGACAGAGAUUUAUGCUGAAAGGUAUGACCACAUUCCUGAUGGGAUUGGCAAAAUUAACCUUGGGCCACUCAAAUGCUGGGGAAACAAAUUUCAUGAUCAGCAAAAAGCUAUGACAUUCAAAUCUCCUGAGUCUUAUAUUCAAGCCCCUUCUUGGACACACAAGGACCUUAUCUUCUCAUUCCGUACCUUUAAAGAUAAAGUACUUCUUAUCCAUCAAGCGGAUGACAAAGGAAACUACAUCACUAUCCACAUGGAAAAUGGUGAAGAUAUCAAGUUCAAAGCUUCAGCUAAUGGUCAUGACAUUAAUAUGAAAAUUAAAUCAGAUCAAAGAGUGGACAAUGGUCAAUGGCAUAUUGUUAAAUUGGAACAGGAUAAUUACAAUAUUCGUCUAACCUUUGGCUCAAAAACAAAACUCAUAGAUAUUCAACACCAGAACUUGCCAAAGUUUUUGGCUUUCCCAGGAUAUAUGUAUAUUGGUGGAGUUCCUUCAAAUAUGACCGAAGUGCCUGAUGUUCCUGGUUUGGUUGGUUGCAUGAGAGAUUUAGUCUACAACAAUCAAUUUGUGGAACUCUCUCUUCCUGGUCUCUACAAGACAGAAGGUGUCAAUAUUGGCUGCCUUGCAGCUUGUCAUGAAAAACCCUGUCAAAAUGGAGGCACUUGUGUUGAGCAGUGGGGAAGCUAUAAAUGUGUAUGCAUCAAUAAAUGGUCUCAUCUUGGAUAUAAUUGUGAAAAUAAUAUUGAUGAAGACAUGGUGACGUUCACGGGAACAAAUACGUCAUAUUUAUUCUAUGACAAAACAAACCAACCGUCUAUCUUGAAUGAUACAAUUGUCAUGAGUUUUCGUACCAUUAAAAUGAAUGCCCUUUUGCUCUACAUGCAUGAUAAUUAUGAUAAUUUUGUACAGUUAGAACUUGUUAAAGAAAACCGAAUCGUCCUGACAUUCAACUCUUUUGACUCUGUCGUCUCAGCAUCGCUGGAAUGUAGUCGGAAUCUCAACAAUGAGAAAUGGCAUCAAAUCGUAGCAGAAGUUCUUGAACAGGGCACCAGGUUGCAGGUUGGUAACGAGGAAAUCACAAUACCUCACAAAAGAUUCAAAAAGAAGCAAGAAAUAUUUGACAAAAAAGUGUCAGUAGAACCACCAAGCUAUUCACCGCAGAAAGAUUUUGUCUACCUUUACGUGGGUGGUGUCAUACCACAGAUGACACAGUUAUCUCGUUUCAAAGGAUGCAUACGUGGACUGAAGAUUGGAGAUCAUGUUAUUGGUUUAAGAAAUAAAAGCCGAAAUGAAGAAUCUGUAAAGAACAUGUGCAAAGAAGGCUGCAUCUCUAAUCCAUGCCUCAAUGAUGGCUUUUGUAAUAAUGAAUGGGGAGAUGGAAAUUUUACAUGUGACUGCAGUCAGAGCAGUUACACUGGUAGACUUUGUAAUCUGACUCCUUGUGGUGACUUUAAUGGAAACAGUUAUCUGGAUAUGAAAUUUGAUCCUGAAGUUUAUGGAACAAAGAGAAUCAGGGAAGAGAAGUUGUUGUUGACUUUUCAGACAAAAGCCAAAAGAAAACAAGUCUUACUUGACAUAUACAAUUCUGACUGCAACGACUACCUGACGAUUUUUAUGAAUUCAGAACACAGGAUUCUUAUGAAAACUGAUCAAGGUGUGGGCAAUUAUAUAGUAUCAUCAACGGGCACCUAUAAUGAUGGCAAGUUACACGAGAUUUAUUAUCAACGAAAAAUAAAAACGGGAGAACUAGAAUUGCGGGUGGAUAAAGAGACGACCACAAAGACUUAUCCACUUCAUAAUCUGGAUAAUAUUGAUCACAUCCGGAUAGGAGGUGCGAGCCCAUGCACACAGAGAAUGGACCCAGAGUAUAAAAAUUUCAAAGGAAAGAUCAAGAAUGUGAUCUACACGCCACAAAGGGUACAAAUCAUGCCACUGAAAGAACACCUGGACAAUGUUGCAUCAAAAAAACGCAAUGUGAGUGUUGUUGGGGAAUUCAUGAGCUGUAACGAGGUUGUGGAGCCACAAACUUCCCCUGGAACAACCAACAAGGCAACCAGCCAGUCUUCAGCUACUCCCCUGCCACGAAGGACAAUGACAAUGCCCACCACAACUGACUGGUCAGCAACAAUCUUUUUUAUAAAAACCCUUUCUCCACCAAUAACCUCAACGACACCCACAACAACAACUACAACAACAACUCUUGCUCCAACAACCAGUCAACGAAAUUUUCCUGAACCAAAUGCUACUGGUGUAUACAUUCCUCCUAUGGCUGACGAUAUGACUAUAGUCCUCAUUGUUGGUUUGGUCAUCACAGGAAUUCUGUUGAUCACAAUCAUUGCUAUUUUACUGAUGUGUUUCCGCACAAGAAAAACUCAUUAUGCUUCACAUAAAGGAGAAGAUGUUGAAUUGAAGGAACCUUUACAUCCUGUCGGCAAUCAUAUGCCAUCAAGUCCAGCAAUGAUGAAUCAUAUGGCAACAUUUGAAGAAUUUAGUAUGAUCACAGCCUUACUUAACAAUGGAGGGGUUGAAAUGAUACCAAACAAAGAGAACGUGAAUGGAGUUGAUCCAAACAAUAGAUUCUCCACCUCUAGUAUUCCCUGGAUAGAUGAUGACCAGAAUAUUUAUCCUAUUUAUAAUAGGAAGAAAAAACGACCUGCCUCGUCAAUUUCUGAAGUUAUGGAAGAAAUGGAAAGAAUUCGAAAAGCUAAAGAAUUAGGUGUUGAUCCAGAGACAGAUUUAACAACUCCGACAGUUAAUGAACCCGAUCAUACUGUUGACAAUAUAACUGAAGGAUCAACUGAAAGUAAACUUGCACGGGGUUCCAAUACUCGAAGUGAGGCUGACAGUUUCACCUCUCAUGGUCAUCUUAGCACCAAUGAGCACAAUGGAGACAGUGGUUAUGAAGCAAGCUCAAAGCCAGAGGGGGAGGAUGAAAAUACCGCAGACAACACUGCAGACACCAUCUCACCAGACACUCCUGAGCAAAAGACCAAUAUCUAUGAUGUGAACUGCAUAACAGAUGACCAGGAAAUUCCUGUGGAACUAACAAACUCAAAACAGAAACUUCUACAGACUUCUGAACUGUCCGUCUGA